AUGUAUAAGCUACAAGUGGUACUUGUGCCGCCUAGCACAGACUCGGAUAUACCAUUAUUGGGAAUUCCGUCUACUAAUGUAGAAAACACACAAAUAUCAAAUCAAACUAAUCAGCAGCAGAUAUGUUCGUCAAAUUUAUUAAGUACAAGGCAUGAUUAUUCUCCAAGGACAGCGAAUACCUCUGCAAAUAUGGUUUAUAUGCCAACCUACAUGGGAUCACAUAUUAGGAGGCCUAAGUUAAAGAAGUUUCUACAUUUUACAAAGCCAACAAAUAGUUUGUACCAAUUAGCUGAGGAAAUCAGUAUUAAAUGUAAUAAGAUGUAUCCGAAAUUGGUAGAGGAGCCGGAAAUUAUUACACUACAGGAUAUUAAUGAAUGUGAUUUAGAUCCGGAUUUUGUAGUCAAGGAUGUUUUUAAUGUUGAUAAUACGGUCCGUGUGAUGUUAAAGAAUGAUUUAGAAGCUACGGAUGAGAAUGAGACAAAUACACUGUAUAUGACAAAGAAGAGAAAGCUAAAUAGUGGGGCUGCGAUAAAUACAACCGUUCCUUCCAUUGUUCCGCCUUCGAAUGCGAUUUUAAAUGUUGCGAAGAAGCGUGCGACUACGAUUAAAAGUUCUGCAUUGAGGGUAUCCACUCCACUGGCCAACCAGAUUUACCCACCUCCAGCGAAGAAACAAGUGAAUUCAGAUUUUGAGGAUGAUGAUGUUGCGGAUAAGUCAAUUUUACCGCCUCCUGCACCUCAGUCACCUCCUAUACGGAUUAGUUCUGGAAUGGAUCAUAAAAAGCUAAAUAUGAACGAGGAUGCUGUCUCUAGGUCGGAAACAGUGGAUCCAAACAAGGCUAGGCAACAAAGGAUGUCUUCUGGAACCCCGCUAAGGCCUAAUACUGUGAUGGAAACACCAAACAGGGUAAGUCUGGUAGGCCCUACCGUUUUAUCCGAGCCUCAUCUUUCCUCCCACGCGAGGAACACGACGACUCCAGUGAUCACAAACAGCAGGAUAACGUCUGGUAUGCUUACAAUUCCAGAACCAAGAAUAUCCGAGGUUGAGAAGGAAUUAGGGGAAGGUCCAGCAAGUCCUUCCGUUGAUUUACCUGCUAAACCGUCCCGUAUACCUAUGAAGAAGCCUUAUAAUCCAAUUAUACAGCAGGGAGAUGUUUCUUCAUCUUCUGAUGAAGAGGAGGAAGCUGAAUCUAUACUAAAAGAGUCGGGAAAAGCUUCUGCCGAUAUACAGGAGGGAAAUAAGCAGCCCUCUGUCCGUCAAUCAUCCUCCACAAUUGCAGACGAUAAUGGCUCCCCAAAUAAGAACGCCGUGAAUAGUAAGGUUGUCACGAUGGCUGAGUUGCCUUCUCCGCGCAAGAGUUCUCUAGAAAAGAGGCUGGAUAAGCUUCAAAACAGGACGGGCGACGAGGAGACCAUUGCACCUAUUACUAGGAAGGAUGAUUUUAGCGAUGAUGAUUCCGAUACUUCGCAAAACGGCAGCGUGGUUGUGAAUAGGCCAGAUACACAAGGUGAUAAGAGCUUUCAGAAAUCGGAACUAUUACGGAUUUUUAAUAAUAAGAAGUUCGAGCUGCCUCCCCGAUUCAAGAAUGCUUUUUCGGGAGACGGUCUCUCAGAUAAUAUAAACGGGAAGAAAAGGAAACCUUACCUGACAGUUCUGAAUAAAGAUAUCGAUAAUUCUGUUCCUGAUCCAAGGAACAUAAUGCCUCGUCGCACCCAAAGGCACGCGGCCCAAAAAGCUGCUCAAUUUAUUUCUACCGGAGUUUCCCGGAGAGAAUUAGAAUCCGAGUCCGCAGAUGAUCAGCCUGCAGAACCAACCUCUGGUGAUUCUGCAACCGAUGAGAGUGAGGGGGUGUUCCUAAAUGAAAACAAUACAUUAAAGAAGCUUAACGUGCAUCCAUUAAAGGAAUCAGUUGUAGCUGCUGAAGAUAUUUCACCUACAGCCGAGCCUAAAAUAAAUGGGGCCAAGAACACUUUCAAAGUAAUGCCUGUAAUAACACCAACUUUGCUUUCUUCUACCUUGCCAGAUAAACAGGAUAUAGCUUCAUUAAAGUCGAAUAUGUCCGCAAUGGUAAUUUCCAGUAAACAGGACUUAAACUCUGUAAACAAUGUUGCAACAGGUCAAAAAAAUAUAGAAGAAACCGCUAAGAAGUUGGAUAGUGUACCCCAAGAGGCUGGUAAGACAGCAUUAACUGAUGCAAAGACUUUGGCUCCGAAAACCCCACAGAAUUACGAGAUUGAGAAAAAGAGAACAAGACGUAGAAAUUCACAAGAUGUGAAGUCAAAAAAUGUAUCUAAUGCUGUUGCUGAAAAACCUGCUACUGUGGAUUCCAUUUCACCCAUUGAUAAGCCGUUAUCCACAGCAAAUUCAGAUAAAAUCUUGAAUCAAGAUAAACCUGUUGCGCUGAAAACCUUUGGGAAAAAGAAGGCUCCGGCAAAGAAAGCGCAAUCUGUUGCGAAACCAACUCCUGUAAGCACUAGAAGGUCAAGUGCUGCUAAUGUAAAAGCUAAAGUUUUUCAAACUCCCAAAUUCAUUGACAAUUCUGAUGAUGAAAAUAUUAAUAUAACCAAACCGAGCCCUCCGAAUGGUGGUAAGCAACAGGAGCAGACUGCUACUUUAGCCUCAAAUCCUACAAAUCCCGUUGCAGACGGAAAUGCUGUUCAGAGGAGGGGACGUGCUCGUCGAGCAAGUAAAUCCGAAAGCAAGUCCGCUUCUAGCACUGAGGCUGAAAGAAAGGCAGCUGGUAAGCAGGCAAUGGAUAGGGCGGCGGCUGCUGCUUCUAAAAUGGUAACACGGAAGCUAGCACUGAAUGAAUCUCCUGCAGAUUUGUCUCCAUCAGGGAAAGUAUCUAAACUGGAUGAGCUCAGAUCUAAGUUUGCAAAAGGUAACACUGCAAGUAAUAGCCCAUCAAGGCAACUAAAAAAUACACUUGCUAGUCCACAGAAUGUAGCUUCGAAAGCUACAAGUAGUGAUGCAGAUUCUGUAAGCGAUAAAUCUUCUGAUAAUUCGUCAGAAGAUUCCUCUACAGAUGAUUCGUCAGAAGAAGAGGAAGAAACCAGACGAAAGCCACGUAGGGGAAUUGUUGAAAUGCCUAGAGGGGCUGUAGGUGCUGCAGUCCAGAAUAAAAAUCAAGAUUUAGAAUCAGUAAAUUUGGAAGGCGUCCCUCAGUCCACUCAAUUAACCGCAGACUUGAAACAAGCUAAUACUACUAAUGCGCCCAUAACAAGGUUCAUGGAUCAUGUAGCACCAUCUACAUCAACACGCCUCAGUUCUCCGCGAACUGCUACAACAAAUAAAACUUCUCCACAUCGUUCACUGAGCUCCCUAUCAGACCUCGCGUCACGUGGAGUUCCCGAAGUAAAAGAGAAGACCUUGUCAAGCCAGAAGUCGGCGCAAAGCAAUGUCAAUGACAUAAGUUCUGAGGAAAGUGAUAAUGAUCAUUCAAACGAUAGUAGUAGCGAAAGUGACUCCGAUUCCGGUUCGAGCAGCAGUGACGGAGGAAACUCUGCUGAUGAUAGUAAUAAUUACAUCAGUGCAAAGGUUGCUUCAAAGGCACUAGGCAGGAAGAAAAAGUCUAGUAGUGGUUUUGCAUCAUUAAUUAAAGAUGCGAAGAAAAGGUAG